AACAACAACAACAGCAACCUGUUCAAGAUAUACGGGAUGUGAAUAAUCAACAAUUACUUCAGGAACAAAUGGCCAUUGAUACUUUGUUGAAUGCAAUGCAGGUCAUGAAUCCACCUCAAGCAGCUCGAGAACAAGGCGUAGAACGUAUUGGAAAUCCAUUAGAUCAUUUAAGAGAUGAAUUAGAAGAGGAUCGAUGGCCUACAGAUGAUGAUGAUGAUGAGGAGGAGGAGGAAGAAGAAGAGGAAGAACAGAUGCCUCCUUUAAUAGAUCAACAAAGACUAAAUGAAGCUGCUAUUCAACGAUUACUUCAGAAUAACAACAACAAUGAUAUUCUGGCUGCUUUUGAACGUGAACUACUGCAAAACAGACAAGCAGAAAAUAUCAACAAUAGGCAGGAAGAAGACGAAGAACCUUUAGAUGUAGGGGAUGAUAUGAAUGGUGUCCUUGAAGCCAUUGGUCUUCGAGGUAAUCCUUGGAUGCUUGUACAGAAUUCUGUCUUGAUGUCUUUGAUGAUCAGUUUAUGUCUUGGUGUUGCUGUCUGGAUUCCUUAUGUGGUUGGUCGAUUGGUGAUCAUGAUUCGCCCAAUUACAUUUGUAGAAACACCCAUUUAUCUGAUGCGAUUGAUAACAGAUCCAUUGGUUGAUUUUGUAUUGGAUUUAGUGAUGCCUUUUAUAUGGACACAAGUCAAACCCUUGGUGCCUCAACAGAUUCAGUCUGCUUUAGAAGGUAUUCAGACACCCAUUCAGAUAACCAAUGGCACCACCGAAGAAGGUGUGUCUGUCAUUCAAGAGAGAUUAGAAGCCAUGGGCACAGUUGCCUUGACACGAUGGCAUGGAUUUGCAACAGGUCAAACUGGGUUAGACCGUAGCAUAUGUAUCUUGGUAGGCUACCUUGUGCUGAUCUCACUCGGUUCUUGGUAUUUACACGGUCAUCGUCGUCAUCGUCGAAGCAGUGGGAGAAACAACACAGAGACAUUGAGUGAUAUGAUUCGACAACAAGGUAUUUUCCUCAAGGUGCUUUUCUUUAUCUUGAUUGAGCUGAUCGUGUUUCCUACUGUCUGUGGUUUCUUGCUUGAUUUGGCUACAUUGCCCUUGUUCAAUGGCUCGAUUGAAUCCCGUUAUGGAUUUCAUCUCAAGAGUCCUUAUUCUUCUUACUUUUUGCAUUGGUUUUUGGGAACAGGCGUCUUGUUCUAUUUUGCGAUUUUCAUUACCGUCUGUCGUGAGAUCAUUCGUCCUGGUGUGAUGUGGUUCAUUCGAGACCCUAAUGAUCCUCAAUUCCAUCCUGUUCAAGAAAUGGUCGAACGUCCAUUCCCUAAUCUGUUGCACAAGAUCAGUCAGUCUGCUUUGAUCUAUUCUGUGAUGCUUGUUUUUGGCGUGGGUACUGUAACCUACAGUUUGGGUUAUACAGGCAUGGUGUUUCCACUUCGAUUGCCUUUCAAUACGCCUCUGUCUACAUUAGCCAUUGAUCUGUUGAUGAUCCAGUUCUUGAUGCCACCUUUGAUGCGACUGAUCAAACCCCGUGAUUACUCUAAAAAGGUACUCGAUCUAUGGUGGCAUAUGGCCUGUCGACAAUUACGUUUGACAUCGUUUAUGUUUAAUGAACGCAAACCCGAUGAAGAAGGCCGAUUUGUCUAUAGAACAUGGAAGGCUUGGUUGACAAGACAAGUGCCUCAGUUACCAGAGGAUGAUGUGGCUAUUCAAGAAGGGGAUGUCAUCUUUCAACCUGAUGGUAUGUUUUUGCGUGUACCUAAAUAUGAUAGCGUACCUGUGGAUCCUAAACGUCGCAUGUUGGUGCCUGUGGAUCCUGUGAGUUUAGAAGCAUUGGAUGAACAAGAGCGAGGUCGAUUGCAUCCUGCUGCUGCUGAUACGAUGGAUGAAUCUCAAAGUACUGUAGUUGUCUAUGCUCCUCCUCGGUUCAAGCAAAGACUGAUUGUUUUCUUGCUCUAUAUGUGGUUCUCUAUCUCUUUAUUGACUUGUUCAGUGACUGUUGUGCCUUUGCUUGUAGGCCGUGGCUUAUUUUACUAUUGGCUUGCACCUGGAUCCCCUGUCAAUGAUUUGUAUUCUUUUGGGCUUGGUAUCUAUGUCAUGGUGGGUAUAGCCAUCUUGAUUCGUUGGAUCCAUGAUGCUUACCUCACUCCCAACAUGAUGACGUAUAUCAAAGACAAGUUGACUAAGUUGGCCAAGUUUUGUUACUUGAGUGUCACUUUGGGUAUGUGGAUACCUUUUCUUUUAGGUGUUGCUGUGGAUCUUUUUGUUUUUAUGCCGAUCCGUAGUUCAAAUACAGACACUGGUUUAGUGAUUCAUGUAUCUCAGAAUUGGUCUUUUGGUGUUGCCUAUAUGAGUAUUAUACAUCAUGUGAUUCAUGUGCUUCCCGCCAAUAAUAGAAUUCGUCAAUAUUAUACUGAAUUCAUGGGGGAUGGAAUGAUGCAGGCUCACUUGUGGAAUAUCACACGUUCAGUGAUUGUUCCUGUGACAAUGUGUGCACUACUUGCUAUUAGUCUGCCUGCUAUCGUGUCUUGGGGCAUGGUACACAUGUUGGAUACUCCUUCACUGUUGAUGAUGACAAGAUAUACUUAUCCCAUCAUGUUUGGUAUCAUCAUGAGCCUAUUAUUGGGUUGGUUAGGCAAAAGACUGAUGUCUCUAUGGUUACAGUCUGUUCGAGAUGAUACUUAUCUAAUAGGCAAACGAUUGCACAACUUGUAAUAUAUAUAUAUAUAUAUAUAUAUAUAUAUAUAUAUAUAUACAU